AUGAGCACAGCGGCAACUCAGCGUCUCGUUUCGAAAAGACAGACGUUGGACGAAGCCUACGCACCUCCGGCAAAUUUCCUUGAAAUUGAGGUUGUAAAUCCCAUCACACAUGGAGUCGGUAAAAAUAGGUACACCGAUUAUGAAGUGCGUCUUCGCGUAAGUUUAAAUAGCCGCUGGUAUAUUCAGGUUCCCAUUUUUAGACUAACCUCCCCGUCUUCAAGCAUAAGGAAUCAAGUGUUCGAAGAAGGUAUUCCGAAUUUGAAUGGCUGAGAAAUGAGCUGGAAAGAGAUAGCAAGGUACGUUCAAAAAUCAAAUUAUGCGUUUUGCAACGGGUUUAAUCGUUUCCAUGUUAAAAGUUUUGAGUUGCUUUCAGAUCAUAGUGCCUCCUCUACCUGGGAAAGCAUUAAAAAGGCAGCUUCCUUUCCGGUCGGACGAUGGAAUCUUCGAAGAAGGUUUUAUUGAGGAUCGUCGCAAGGGAUUGGAACAGUUCUUAAACAAGUAAGAGCAAUAAUACUCAGCUAGAACUCCCUUUUUAGGGUUGCCGGGCAUCCGUUAGCGCAGAAUGAGAAGUCGCUGCAUAUUUUCCUCCAAUACAAUGAGAUCGACAAGAACUACGUCCCUGGUCGAAUCCGUACUGUUUAA